AUGAAAGGAGGGAAAAAGAAACUCAGUACGGAGUCCGUACAACCUCACCUUCCAUCACCCUCGAACCAUACCGCCACCGUGAAUGGUGAUGACGGUGUAGGAGGUGCGGAGGAGGUGCAACCAGAGGAAACUGAGCAUUUUGAAGACACGGAGUGGACUUUGGAAGAAGAAAACGAUGGAGACGAAGAUGAAGACUCCGAGACUGAAAAAGACUAUGAUCACUUCGAAAACCUGCAAAUCGAAGAGCCUGAGGCGGGGGCUGAGGCUGAGGCCGAGCGCUUGAAGCUUGCUGAGGGGUACUAUGAGAUCGAGGCCGUACGCAGAAAGCGAGUCCGAAAGGGCCAGGUGCAGUACCUCAUAAAAUGGCGAGGCUGGCCAGAGGCCGAGAAUACAUGGGAGCCUCUAAAGAAUCUAUUGCAAUGUUCCGAUGUUAUUGAUGCUUUUGAAGAGAGUUUGAUGACAGGUAAAAGUAGGUCGGCACGUGGGCGAAAACGCAAGCACGGGAUCACUCAUGCUCAGGUGAAGAAAAAACAGCAGCAGCAACCUCUUGUAGCUGUUACGUAUGAUGUGCCCUCGCACAGGGUCAGGAUUGUGGAGGACCCUAUGAACUAUCCUCAUCUAAAUAACUUAAAUGUUAGGAAUGGCAAAGGGAAAACUGAUGUCUGCAGUGUGAACGGAAUUGAGAUGUGCAAAAAAGUAAACGAGCAUGCUGUUAAGAUGGUGUCUGCUACAAGGGGAGAAAGUAAUGAGCAAAAUGAGUUGAAUCUGAAGCUUUGUGAACUAAAGGAAUCAAUAAUGGUUAGUGAAGAGAAUGCAAAUAAGUUCGGUGUUCAUCAUUCCCAAGAAGGCUUAGUUACAGGAGGAAAUGUCCUUGCGAAUGGGUUGCCUAAAUCUGAUGUUGUGGAUCCAGUUCAAUCUGGCCGCUGCAUUGGAGCUAAAAAGAGGAAAUCUUUUCCAGUCAAGAGGUUCAAGCAAGAUUUAGCAUUAUGCAGCAGGGACGAUACACAAAAUGCAAUUUCUACUUGUGUUAUGGCAGAACAGAAAGAUUUUCAAACUCAUGCGUUUAUGGGGAAUGAUCGGGACUGCAAGAAUAAAUUUGACAACUCCAAAGAAAUGUGCAACAUCACUCAGAUUGUUAAGCCUAUAAGCUAUAGCACUUCCACAACAAGCAAUGAUGAAGAAGUCUCAUUAACCUUUGAGGCUCUGAGGUCUGAUGGAACUAAAGUGAUGGUGGAUAACAAAUUCUUGAAGGCCAACAAUCCUAUACUUUUAAUAAACUUCUAUGAGAAACACCUUCGGUAUAGUCCCACCUGA